GGUUGGACUGCCCAUCGCUUUGUUUUCCUUGUCGCAGCUUCCAUUGUCCUUGCAAUGAUCUGCGAGGCCGCCUCUGCAUUUGGCACCAACCUGUUUGGUAUGUGGGUCAUCCUCACCGUGCUUGGUCUCACGUCAUGCCUGUCCAUGUCCGCACUGGCCUUUGCCAAGCUGUACUGGAAUCCUAGCUACGACAUUUGGAAGUACAAGUGCAACCCGAAGUUCCCGAAGCCUGAGCACGUGCGAACGGAGAUUCUCUUGACCAUCAAGUGCAUCUCCCUCUCCACGAUGUUGCCGGCCUUGUCCUUGUACUUGGCUGCCGAGGGCAAGAGCCAGGCCUUUUGCGGAUGGGGCGGAAGGUCCAUUUGGUGGCACCUUGGAUGCGCAGCUUGCCUGCUGGUGGGCAUCGACUUCUUCGAGUGGUUAUACCACCUGCUCGGGCAUGAGGUUCCAUCCAUGUGGAAGCAGCACAAGAGCCACCACAGGUUCUUCAAUCCGACUCCGUUCUCGGUCAUUGCUGACGAAGCAGUGGACCAGCUGAUGCGAACAGCCCCCAUGCUGCUGUCGAUUUUCCUGCCGAUCAACAUGGACGUUCUCUUUGGUAUGUUUGCCGUCAUGUUCUACGCAUAUGGCGUCUACCUUCACUCCGGCUACGAGCUUGCUUGGCCAGAUGCGCAUCAUCCGAUCAUCAACACGUCUUUCCAGCACUACCUGCACCAUGCCGAGGGCGCUGUGGGCAAGCCAUACCACACCGGCUUCUUCGUGAAGAUCUGGGACCGAAUGUUUGGCCUGGACAGCACCGCCAUGCUUUACGCUGCCGGUAAGUGCACCUGCUCCAAAUGCAGUCGCAAUCGUGGAGAGCGCAGCCUGGAAGCUUUCAAGAAGGUCGAGAAGGUAGACUACUCCUGCUUGCUGACGCCGAAAUUCUGGUUGCAAGCCUUCGCAUAG